AUUAGGUGAUAAAUAAUAAACGUAACAAUCAAAGAUCUUCUGUGGAAACUCCCUUAACUUUAUAAAAAGUGAUGGAGAAAGAGAACAGCGACCAUGGCGGGAAUUAGAUUAUGAUGGCGGGAAAACCCACCACGACCCGUCUUAAAGUUUCUCUUUUGCAAUUUCGUCAUCCAUUCCGUUAAACGCUCCACUAUAUCUCUGUAUAUCAUCUUAUUGACUUCGAUUGCGUAGUCUUAUAGUAUAGCGUUCUCUACCUUCAAAUGGGCAAACGAAAGAAAUCCGCGGUUCAUGAAGAAAACAUAGAAGAAGAUGAACAAAAUCAAGAAAAUCUCGGUGAAUCUUCAUCCUCUUCGAAUGAUAAGAGCUUGUACGAGAUUCUUGGGGUGGAAAGGACAGCAUCCCAACAGGAAAUAAAGAAGGCAUAUCAUAAGCUGGCAUUACGUCUACACCCAGACAAGAAUCCUAACGACGAGGAUGCCAAAGAGAAAUUUCAACAACUGCAGAAAGUUAUAUCAAUACUUGGUGAUGAAGAAAAACGAGCACUUUAUGAUCAAACUGGCUGUGUUGAUGAUGCUGAACUUGCUGGUGAUGUGGUUCAAAACUUGAAGGACUUCUUCCGAUCUAUGUACAAAAAGGUUACAGAAGCUGAUAUUGAAGAGUUUGAAUCGAAUUACAGAGGAUCUGAUUCUGAGAAAAAUGAUUUGAUUGAUCUUUACAAGAAGUACAAAGGUCAUAUGAACAGGCUAUUCUGCUCCAUGCUAUGCUCAGAUCCUAAACUUGAUUCACAUCGAUUCAAAGAUAUAUUAGAUGAAGCAAUUUCAUCUGGAGACCUGAAGUUGACCAAAUCCUACCAGAAAUGGGCUAAGCAAGUCUCUGAAACAAAACCACCUACAGAUCCAUUGAGGCGAAGGGGGAAGUCAAAGAAAGAAUCGGAUGAUUUGUAUGCUAUAAUUUCACAGAGGCAAAGUGAGAGAAAAGGGCGUUUGGAUGCUAUGUUUUCGUCUCUGGUUGGUAAGUAUGGUGGAGGGGGAGAGUCUUCAGAGCCUACUGAAGAAGAGUUUGAAGCUGCAAGGGCUAACAGGAGUGGGGCGGCAUACAUGGCUUGCUACACACCGCCUCUGGCUCGUGUUAGGGGGCUUGCCACCAGAAGUCGCUAG